GCGAGAGCGCGCACGCAAAGGCUGUAUCUCCUCAAGCUAUAAUUCAGAUAGCUAUGCUGACAGAUUUAACCUGCACUAUGUUUUCCUGUUUUUAUUACAUUUUUCUUCUCUUCUCAUCACCUUCGAGGGGUGUUUCACACUUUCCUGCGUUUCACUGAUACAUUCUCUGUUCCAGAAUGGAGUCAAUAAACCAAUCUGGGUUGGUGGGGACAAUCCCAGGGGAUUAUAACUCCACCUUUGGAAUGGGAUUUUCAGGAAGUCCAGUUGGGAAUUACACUGGCAAUGUUUCCGAUCAAAGCAUGCCUUUUCAAGGGAGCAGCACGAUGGUAACUGCAGUCAUAUCAUUCACCGUGUUCAUCGUUGGACUCACUGGCAACACUCUGGCUAUCUACGUAGUUUUGCGUUAUGCUAAAAUGAAAACAGUUACAAACAUCUACAUUUUAAACUUGGCCGUGGCCGAUGAGCUGUAUAUUAUGGGCCUUCCGUUCCUUACGACGCAAAACGUACUGUCCUACUGGCCGUUUGGCUCAUUCCUGUGUCGCGUUGUUAUGACAGCUGACUCAUUAAAUCAAUUCACAAGCAUCUUCUGUUUGACAGUGAUGAGUAUUGAUCGCUAUUUAGCAGUGGUGCAUCCUAUCCGCUCCACUAAGUGGCGCCGACCACGAGUAGCUAAAGCAGUUAGCGCAGCGGUGUGGGCGUUUUCCUUCAUCGUUGUUCUCCCCGUGGUGAUAUUCUCUGACGUUCAGGACACGUUUAACUCAUGCAACAUGAGUUGGCCGGAGCCACGAGACAUUUGGUCAACGGCAUUCAUACUUUACACUGCUACGCUCGGAUUCUUUGGCCCCCUGCUGGUCAUCUGUAUGUGUUACCUGCUCAUCGUUGUCAAGGUGAAGUCGUCCGGUGCGCGGGCGGGAUUUACGAAACGCAGACGCUCAGAGCGAAAGGUGACCCGCAUGGUGGUGGUGAUCGUGGUGGUGUUCGUCCUCUGCUGGCUGCCGUUCUACAUCAUCAACAUCGUAAACCUAGUCUUCAUACUCCCGGAGAACAGCGUGAUGGCCGGGGUGUAUUUUUUUGCCGUUAUCCUAUCGUAUGCAAACAGCUGUGCCAAUCCGCUACUCUAUGGGUUCUUGUCCGACAACUUCAAGCAGAGUUUCCGUAAGGUGCUGUGCGUGCGCAAGACAAAUGGCGUGGAGGAUGGCGAUCCCAGUGUGCCGCGGACGGAGAAAACGACGACCCAAGAAACCUUCCUGGCACCUCGGAACAAUGACUUUAAUGGACAUGCACAGGGCAGCCAGGUACAGUCACUCUGAAAGCACAUUUCACAUAUUUGACAUGUGUUGAAUGUUUAUUUUUGGGCUGUUAAUAGAUAAAAAGAUACAAAUUUUAAUUGUGAUCAAUUGCGUCCAAUUAUGUGCGAUUAACCACACACUUAACGUGAAAUUAAACAUACCAUUUAUGCAUUGUCAGCUUGCUUGAACUACACUUGAAACUUGAUAAGCUUUAAAUGGUACUUCUAAAUGCGAUGUAUGCACAGAACUUUACGUUUCUUUUAAAAUAGAAAUUUUACUAAUACAUUAAUACAUUUUAAAUACAUUAUUUUUAUUUGAUGUUGCAAGUCCUAGUUUAUAUCACUAAAGCGUCAUAUUUUUAGUCUUGGGGAUGUUUACGCGACAACGUUUUCAAUUAAAUACCGAAAACUUUUUAUGCGUUUUUGUAGUUAAUUUACACAACAACAGCAUUGUGUGUUUCUGUAAACUUUUGAAUAUGGGUUUCAAAGUGUGCGUGCAUAUUACGUGUUCAGUGUUUUUAAAACCAAAACAGCAAAACAGAAUUUGUAUUCACCAGUCUGAAGAAGAAUGCUUCCAUAAACGCAUAGUG